AUGUCGGCUCAUCAGGAUAUCAUGUCUGCCAAUGGCAACGAUAUCAGCGACUCCAUGGACCAGCUCAAGAUGGACGAGCGACUUGGCCCUGACGGCGAGCCCGCCCCUAAGACGGACGAGGAGUACGCUCAGGCGCAACUCACGCUCCGAGCCAUCGUGUCCUCCAAGGAGGCUGGGGUUAUCAUUGGAAAGGGUGGCAAGAACGUCGCCGACUUGAGGGAUGAAACUGGCGUCAAGGCUGGCGUCAGCAAGGUUGUCCAGGGAGUGCACGACCGCGUCCUCACCAUUACCGGCGAGUGCGAUGCCAUCUCAAGAGCGUACGCCAUAGUAGCUCGCGCAUUGCUCGAGGGCGCGCCUGCCAUGGGCAUGGGCGGCGUUGCGCAGAGCAAUGGCACACACCCCAUCAAGCUUCUCAUCUCCCACAACCAGAUGGGCACCAUCAUUGGCAGACAAGGCCUUAAGAUCAAGCACAUCCAGGACGUGUCUGGCGUGCGCAUGGUCGCGCAGAAAGAGAUGCUGCCACAAUCCACCGAGCGGAUCGUCGAAGUGCAAGGCACCCCGGAAGGCAUCCAGCGCGCCAUCUGGGAGAUUUGCAAGUGUCUGGUUGAUGACUGGCAGCGCGGCACCGGCACUGUCCUCUACAACCCCGUCGUUCGCACGCAACCUGGGGCCACUGGCAGUCUCGGCGGUACCGGCUACAACAACGGCAGGGGCGAAUACGCCAGUCCACGCGUGAUGCGCACCGGCAACGGAGCCGACUUCACCUCGCGAGGACCGCCCACGCACGACGAGAACGGGGAAGAAAUCCAAACCCAAAACAUCAGUAUCCCUGCCGACAUGGUUGGCUGCAUCAUCGGUCGUGCAGGCAGCAAGAUAAGUGAGAUCCGGAAGACGUCCGGGGCCCGCAUCUCAAUUGCCAAGGCUCCCCAUGAUGAGACGGGUGAGCGAAUGUUCACCAUCAUGGGCACAGCCAAGGCGAAUGAAUCGGCCUUGUUCCUGCUGUAUGAGAACCUCGAGGCCGAGAAGAUGCGGCGUAGCCAGGUUCAGGAGCCGGAGUAA